AUGGCUUCAGAUUUCUUGUUUGAACCCCCGAGCGAUGAGGAAAUCGAGUACGAGCACAACGACAGUAAGGACGACUCAGGCGAAGAAGACGGAGAAGCGGAAAACGACGCCGAGGACUAUGGGGAGGAAGAUGAUGAUGAUAUGGCUAAUAGUAAUGCUGUCAGCGAUAAAAAACCAUUCUUUGGGUCGGCGGAGGAAGUUUCCUACCACGCAAAUUCAUUUCUGGAGCUAUAUCUUUCGAGGCCCUUACUUCGAGCUUGUGAAGCAUUGGGCUAUACCAAGCCCACACCAAUUCAGGCUGCAUGUAUUCCGUUGGCAUUAGCGGGCCGUGAUAUAUGUGGAAGUGCAAUAACAGGUUCAGGGAAGACGGCUGCCUUUGCCUUGCCAACACUGGAAAGGUUACAUUUCCGUCCAAAGAAUCGCCCUGCCACUAGAGUUCUAAUUCUGACGCCAACAAGGGAGUUAGCUGUGCAGGUCCACAGCAUGAUAGAAAAGCUUGCUCAAUUCAUGAUAGAUAUUAGAUGUUGUCUGGUGGUUGGUGGGCUUUCAUUGAAGACGCAAGAGGCAGCUUUGAGGUCCAAGCCGGAUAUAGUAGUUGCUACUCCAGGACGUAUGAUAGAUCAUCUCCGCAAUUCUCUGUCCAUAGAUUUGGAUGAGCUUGCUGUUUUGAUCCUUGAUGAAGCGGAUCGUCUCCUGGAGUUAGGAUUCAGUGCUGAAAUUCGUGAGCUGGUAAGACUGUGUCCUAAACGUAGACAGACCAUGCUAUUUUCAGCUACCAUGACAGAGGAAGUUGAUGAGCUUAUCAAGCUAUCCUUGAACAAACCUCUGCGACUUUCAGCCGAUCCAUCCACAAAAAGGCCAGCAACUUUAACUGAAGAGGUGGUUAGGAUACGCCGGAUGCGUGAAAGGAAUCAGGAGGCAGUACUUCUUGCUCUGUGCUCUAGGGCAUUCACAUCUAAAGUCAUUAUUUUCAGUGGGACAAAGCAGGCUGCCCAUCGGUUGAAAAUUUUGUUUGGGUUGGCUGGCUUAAAAGCUGCUGAGCUUCAUGGAAAUCUGACCCAGGCUCAACGCCUAGACGCUUUGGAACUUUUUCGAAAGCAGCAAGUGGAUUUUCUGAUUGCAACUGAUGUUGCUGCUCGAGGACUUGACAUUAUUGGAGUCCAAACAGUUGUCAAUUUUGCAUGUCCUCGCGAUCUUACAAGUUAUGUUCAUCGAGUCGAUCGAACAGCUAGAGCUGGUAGGGAAGGGUAUGCUGUUACUUUUGUGACUGACAAUGAUCGGUCUCUUCUGAAAGCCAUUUGACGGGGGAAAUUUCUAUGAUUGAAACUCAAUAUUGCAC